AUGGCUUCGAUUCCCACAGAAUGGAUUGGGAGUGUGUACCUCUUCAUGUAUUCUGAUUCUACCUCUCUGACUGCUACGUAUGACACAAAUAAACCCUUGAUGUACAAGACACUCCGGGAUGCCUUGACAGUGUUGUCCAGAAAUUCCAACUUUCCAGAGAUCCUAAAGGUUCUUAGGAGUGACCCACAUCUGAUUCUCCACCUCAAGUUCAAUGGAGAAGACAACUGUCUAGAAUUUCUUCGAGAUUACCGAGAGAGGAGGGUUCACCAGCACAUACAAGACCAGCUGAAUCAUUGCUUAGGCUUGGAGUCCCUACAAGUUUUUCUAGAACUCAAAGUUGACAACAUAAAGCUUGAUAUGUUCCUCGAUGAGGAGGAAAAAUGUCUGGGACAGAUUUACUCAUUUAAGCCAAGUUACGUCAAGGAUGAAGACCUUGUUCAGCUGGAAAGAAACUUCUUAAAUUUAUCUUUUAGGAUCCAGCCUCUCCUCACAGAACAGCAACUCCUCUACCUCUCUCCUAUAGGGAACUCAAGUCAGAGCUCUCCUCCCCUCCCCCUCUGCUCGUUCUCAUCUGAACCAAGCACAUUCCAUUUCCAAGGGACAAGAAUUUGCUGAUAAACCUCUGACUUCAGAACACCAACAGCGGUUUGCAAAUUUGGUGGGCAGGUCUUGGAAGAAGGUGGGACGGUCAUUGAAGAAAACUUGCCGGGCUCUAGAAGAUCCCAAAAUAGACAACCUAGCAUACGAAUAUGACAAGGAAGGUCUUUAUGAACAGGCCUAUCAGUUAUUGCGAUGUUUUAUGGAUGGUGAGGGCAAGAAAGCAACAUUAAAGAGACUGGUGGAUGCACUCGUGGAAUGCGAACUGAAUGUCAUAGCUGAGAAACUGUUGUCUGCAGAAGACAUAUGUCUGGAUUAG